AUGUUCGGAGGCUUCCAACCCCCCCAAGCCUCGCCCGAGGAGAUUCGCGCCGCUGAGGCCGAGGCCACCUUCACCCUGCAGCGUGUCCUCGCGACCGCUGCCGCCCUUUACCUCUCUCCCUUCGUUAUCGACGCCGUCUCCAAGAUGUUCUAA